AUGUCUGAUCGUUUACCCCAAGAAAUUGUGGAGGAAAUCCUUCACAGACUACCCGUCAAGUCUCUUGUGAAAUUCAUCACGAUUCAUCUUCAUCAAGAGGAGUUUUACUCAUUGUACUCAGUUAAUCAGCAAACCAAUCACUUCUCUGUAGAGAGAUUCCCACUCUCUCAUCUAUUUCGGCGGGAUCGUCUUGAUAUAUUUGCUGGCACAUGCAAUGGCCUCGUCUGUGCUGCUGACUAUUCAUCCUUCCAUUCCGCAACUAUCCUUAUUUGGAAUCCCUUGCUUCGAAAAUAUUUGGUGCUUCCCAAACCAAUCAUGACCUGCAAAAAACGCAAACGUCAACUUUAUGACGACUAUCACCUACAUUUUGGGUUUGGUUUUGAUUCCAAGAAUAACGAUUAUAAGGUCAUUAGACUCAUGAUUCUUUGCGCUGAACAAGAUACUCCUCACGUUGAGGUGUACUCUCUUGUUUCUCGUUCUUGGAGAAUUAUUGAUGUUAGGGUUCCUCCGUUUUUCUUUUGUUAUUUAAACAAUUGGUUAGCCCCAAUAGCUGUGAAUGGAGCGGUACAUUGGGUUGUUGGUCGUCGUGGAUUUGAGCGGUACAAAUUUAUUUUGUCAUUUGAUGUAACUGAAGAGACAUUUGGAGAAUUAAUGUUACCACAACAGUCGAGGAAAGUCGCGUCAACAUUACUUGCUGUGGAAGGAGGCCAUUCGCUUGCCGUGGUGAAUCAUUUUAUGAAAAGGAACCGACGGGUGUUCAGUAUUUGGGUGAUGAAAAAAUAUGGUGUUAUCGAGUCAUGGACUGAAAUAUUCCAAUGUGAUUCAAAAAGUUAUGGGGGCGUAUCAGGCAUAUUAGCUCUAACUACUGGUGGAAAAGUGGUUGUGAGACUUGCAAGUGAAGUUAUUACUUUAAUUGAUCCAAUCAAUGGAUCGUUGGAGCCUGUGGGACAGCAGGGAUGUUCUGAAGCUUAUGCUGGUUCUUAUGUUGAGAGUUUGUUCCUAAUAAACAAAGAACCUGAUGUUUUGUCUUUCUAACACUUAUUUGAA